AUGGAACCUGCCGAAUCAACGAAGCAAUACGCCUUGGGGGGUGGUCGUUCAAUGGUGGAAGACUCUGGAGUUUCAACAGAUUCAAUAUCCUUGCGAUUCGAGCAUCCCUUUGCGAAAUCGACACCCAAACGCACUUCUUACGAGCCAAAACUGACGAGGAAGGCGCAAUGGAAGGAUAUCACUGCCGAAGACAGCCGGCCAGUAAGAAAGAUCCAAAGAAUUAAAGGAAGAAGGCUGAGAGCUGGUAGCUUCGAAGAUGUUGACGCCAGAGACAACUACGCUUGGAAAAGCAAUCAAAACGUCAAGAUGAAGAGCAUCUCGUUCAAGAGCGCAGAUUCAGACGAUGGCACAGUGACGGGACUUGCUAUUGCUGGUGGGCUCGCAGCAAGCGCUGCCGCUGGAGCUGUCGUGGGGGGAAUCGUGGGCGUCAUUCUGGCUCCAGCAUUUUCAAAUCCUUCGACACCAACGUUGGCACCAACCAUUAGUCCCGCCCCGACAAUUCUCUCCACAACACGAGUCGCAGAGGGGAGGUUAGGAUAUACGUUUUUCGAAACGACCACCGUCAGAGAGCCAACCACAGAGGAAAUCAAUGGCUUGGUGGUGGAGACAGAUGCGUUCUAUGACAUGGUUCUUCAGAUGGCCUAUCCAACCACGUACAUUGCGGGGAGUGCCAUGCUUACCAACAUAGCCGAGACAUUCGACGCAGCCGAAACCUUCCCCGUUAUACUCGACUUUGACCUCAUGGCAACCUUUUCCACGGAUGAAGCAACCGCUCCAACCACGGAAGAGAUCUUUGCUGUGAUGUUUAGUGCAAACUACCAAGACUACCUUCAAAAUCAUGUCUGGAUUGCAGAGCCACAAGGCGACAGUCUUUUCUUUGACACAGAGAGGGUUUCCUUCACAAACAGGGGUGGAGAUGUGGGAAACCGUCAAAAUGCGGUCACCGCUGUGGUCAAUGCAAUCACGGCAAUGGUGACACGUUUCACACCGGGACCAAAACAACAACCCACGCCGCCACCGUCGACAACAAAGUCAAAUUUUACGCCACAACCAACGCUACCACCGUCAACACAGAGUCCAUCCGUGUCGAUACAGCGAAUCAUUACGAACAUGACCAACGCACAGAACGUUUCAGACACUCUACUAGAGGAAAUACCGGAGGUUAGACCGGAAGAAACACAGGACGCCCUGAGAGAGGAAGCGGCGAAAAAGACGAAAGAAAAACUGGAGAACAGUCUGAAAGACAAGCCGGAGGAUAAGACGAAGGGAAAACCAGAGAUCAAUACGAACGAAGAACCGGAUGACACGCCGAAGCCGCAGGAUCGGAAUGUCUUUAUUCACUGGCACGACGGAGAAGAGGGCCCGACCUAA